AUGUACCGUCGACAGGCGGUCUUCGGUGCAGGAUACCGGGUUCGUAUCUCCGUUUCGCGCCGUGGACCGGAAUAUAGAUGGUUCAAUUCGCAUCCUGCCGGCGGUGAUCCUUCACUGGAAAACUUUCAAUCCUGGGCAACAAGGACGUGGCGGCGCGAUUUGGUCCACCCGAGAGACGCAGAUGCUUGGAAAACCGCCUUCAUUGACGUCGAGGGCGGUGGUCGCGGGCAGCUAGUAGUCUCAGCGGCGGAUGACACCUGGCGAGCGAUUCUCUGCUGGGGAUCGGCGGGCAGAAGGAUCGAGAUCGACCACGAAGGCAUCCCGGCGUCCUUGUCAAACCUCCAACUCAACAUCGCAUCCUUUGGUCACAGGGUUGUGAGAUACGAACCUCUAACAACUUUCGGCAUGACGUGGAAGAAACGACUCCCGGGUGCUUGCCUCGCUGUACUCGUCGCGGACGCCUGGCGAGACUGUCAACUUGAUCUCUUGAUACGAGAGCGACGGAGAUUUGGAUUCCGGGAUGUCAACCCCAUCACGGGUUCGUUCAUAAACUCGACUGGUGGUGGGCGGCAAAAGGGGGGUGCCACCACACCAUUAAGGAAUGCAUCGGAUGGUGGCAACUACUUCCAAAACUUGUUUCCGGUGCUGCUUGGUCGCGACGUGGGGAGCGAAGAGUUCGGUAUGUGGCUUGCUGGUGUUAGUGAACCACCCGCCCGUAAACUGCGAGACCUGGAAAAGUGGCUCAUCAAGACCAAGGCGAACGUCGUCGUGUGGUCAUACAGGGGCUCUGGUGAUCACGUUCUCGGGCCAAUCGACAAGAAAACAGACCUCCGGCCGCGAGGAUUACACGUUGGAGUUCGUGAGGGAGACGUUUACCGGUUGGAGCUCGACGGGCCAUGGUGUAACCGGUUUGGAUCAUCUUUGGACGUGGCCAUCGAACAUAGUGUCAGAACCCAGCGUAGAUUCCGUCGGACUGCCGAGGCAAUCGAAGAGAAGGAGGAACCGGACACCACUGAGUGCGGAAGCAAGGCCUUCACGUGUGUCACUGAUAUUGUGAGCGAUCUCAUGGCCAUCAACAAAUCAGAGGUGGAGGACGGCCCCCAACAGGCAGCACGGAAGAAGCGGAAGCGUGGAAAAACAUCAGAGUUCAAUAUGUGGUACGCGCCGCCGGGAACGGCUCUCGAGGAGCUGAUGCUCCACUUGCACCUCGUUGGAGUCUCUUGCAGGGGUAGGCUUUCCAGCUACAGCCACUGGGACUCCCUGUCGGUGCCGGCACACGUGACAAGAUUGAUCGAGCUGCACAAUGAGCUGGGUCUGCAGUUUUCCCACGGGGUAUUAGACUUUAGAGUGUCGAGCCAGUAUAGCCAGUCUCUCCUCGCCCUUCUCAAGGUAUGCUGGCGGGGACCAAUCGUCGGUGCCGAGGAAGUGUCGGGGACUUCUUACGGGCCGGAAGAUUGGCAGUGUGACAUCAACGGGGCACACACUGCGGCCCUUAUGAGCAUGGCGGUAGUACCCGUUUUCGGCCACGUGGAUGAGGUGGAGGAGUACCAUGACCACGACAUUGAGGAUUGGACCCUGUACAAAAUAGAACUGGAUGCACUCGGCAAACCUGACGAACUCUUGAACGCGGAUGUAACACCAGUCUUCGGUCGAAACUACAAGCGUUACCUCGACCUCGUCGACACUGCUGCUCGCCAUAGAGUUACCCAUUUCGUGCGACCGUCGAGGAUAGUCAGCAUGUGUCACAUACCCACCCUGGCGAAAGACCUGCUCGCGCAUGAGUUGGGUGAUCGCCUCCUACAGGAUGCAGACUGUGCCCGCAAAUUCAAAAAAGGAACAUUCGUGCGGGCCAGUGGUAUGUUGCAGCAGAGAUACGCAGACAGGAUAGACGCUGUCAUGGUUACGGGCUGUGACGAGGCUUUCGCUGUGGGCGGCAAAAUUGUGCCUGUCCUAGGCGAGGUCGAUCGCGUGAAGGAUGAACUUCGGACGGGACAGGAGAAGCUUGGGAUCGAGUCACUUCGCACCGGUGAUACAUACCUUUGUUUGGAUGCGGAACAAACAUGGAACGCUCUCGAAUCUUGCGGCACAUCUGACUUUAGCUACCAGUGCGACGCGGUAUUCUUCAGGGGAUCUUCGUCCGUGCAAGAGAAGAUGAGACUUCGCUUCAGCGAUUUGAUCCGCUAUGAUGAGAGGCGGGUGCUCGGUGGCAUCAAAGCCAAGAUAUCGCUAGACGCGUUAUCUCCAGCAAUGAGGCGAAUUCCUUGCCCACCGAAACACUGUCUGCGGGUCAUUCCUCUGUGGGAUGGCAUCGGUGGAGGCUUCAGUUCGAUGGAAUAUGUUCACGACGUCUGGCGUUCUCUCGAGAAGAACGCCAAGCGCAACCUGUGGCCAGAGAUAGGCGAGGCCGAGAAAGUUUUUUCCGCGCCCACAUGCUCCAACAAGAGUUACUGCGCUACCCGUGCUGCAACGGCCAUCUUUAAAACUGGGCUCGUCUUAACCCCCACCAGUAUUCUGAGAACGGCCUUCACAGACAUGCCAUGCGGGUGGAGUGUAAAGACCGCCGACCACCAGCUCGGUUUCUCCCUGGGGAAUGGUUCUCACGUGAGGAAAACGGCGGGGUCGAUACGAACGCUCAAGGUUGACGUAAUCAUCAUCGAAGAAGCUGCUUACAUGCCUCUCCGGACCUUAAGCAUGAUCCUGGCUGCUGCCCACAGCAGCGGCACCCACGUGAUAGGGACAUACGACACGCACCAACUCCAACCCGUGUGCGAUAGCAGCGGCAUGUCAAUUAGCAAGGCCAACGUCGACAGGAGGGUCAUCCUCGAAAAAGCAUUCCCCAUAUGCUUUCACGUCUUCGCGCGCAAGCGGGAUAAGACUGUCGAAGAACAGGUGGAGAUGGACGACGGCCUCUUGUACAUUCUGGCUGCAGGAGACGACAGUCACGAGGCGCAAACUCGAGCCAUUGAGAGGUUUGGUGGUGAAUUCCCAACGGCUAGCGACCCCAGCCCUUCAGAUUUUCACCUCGCUUACACUAGAGACUGUGCUCGAUUCCACGCCUUUCGAGGGUUGCUGGGGUGCGACGAAGCUGGUGGCUGGGAUGGGCUGGGGCGUCAAACAGUUGUAGGUGCUCAAUACCGGGACCUCGGGAACCUGGGCAAGGUUCACAAGAAUCACACCUACGACAUCAUCCGAUCCUCAGCAGAUGAGGUCCUUGUCGCAAGCGUUUUUGACGGGACCGUCAGUCUGGAGGAGACGUCACUCUGUCGAGCAGAGGCAGAAAACUUGUUUGACCCCCCGGGGUCAUGUACAGUACACGCGGUCCAAGGCCGUACCGUGGAAGGGAAGUUGAUCAUACAUCAGGCCCGGCAUCCUCACGCCGACGUGCACUGGCUGUAUACGGCUGUCAGCCGAGCGACCGGACCCUCGAACGUGAGGGUCAUCGACGAUAUUCACCGCAGCGAGAGCAACAUGUUCGACCGAGAGAGGGUAUCAUGGGUUUCUAGGAAAGUCUCGAGCUACAUCUAUGUCGACGUUACGGCCGGGCGUCUUGGACCCGAACAGGGUGGAAGGCACAGAGAAGCCCUUGUUCAAGAACUCCUGAACUCUUACGGAAGUGGAUGCAACCUGUGCACCUGCGAGCUUGUCUGGGCUGUUUACAGUGAACGGCAGCCAACGCUCGAUCGCCUGCUCGCUGCCCCACACCGCGGAAAAUGUGGACGUGAAGUGCCUAAGGUUCGGGAAGUGUGGAUACAAAAUUUCGGCGCCGGGCACAACGCAGGUCCCGUCAAGAUAGAAAUACGGCAAUUGCUCGUCCUUAUCAAGAAGGAGUCAUCCACGGCAAAGAAGUCGAAGAUGCGGAAGGGAUGCCUGAAACAGCUACAGACGGCCUGGGAUCGCGUUGUGUCAUUCGGGAAAUUCGGGAAAUUAGACCUUCCCCGAAAGUGGUCGGCCCGGCGCGCGAUACACUCGCGGAAGGUGUCUUUCACUGGACUCGCCGAUAUUGACGACCUCCUUAGGAAGGUGCGCUUGCUACCGCCCUACGUCUCCCGGUUAGAGCUCACGCCGGAGGAGAAAAGCAUGCCGAAAAUAAAACGCCAGGAAUCCUUGGAGGUCAAGUGCAGACGUGGAUUAACGGUGCACGCGAGCGAUCUCAUCGACACCAUGGAGUCCAUCAUCAGAUACGCACGCCCGAAAUGCUUUGAACUUGCUUGCGCGUUGUCGUUUGUGUCCGGCAGAGGUCUAGCGGAGCUUGCUGGGAACACUAACUUUUCACCAGGCACAUGUGGCCCCUGUGAAUCAGAGGUUAAGAUGGGAGCUUUGACCCGGGUCCUGUUGUUGUGUGAGUACGACCACUUCAUCGAAGGUCUCAAAAGGUUGCGCGGCAUGAAAGACACCUCCUGUCUUACGGCCGCAGAGAUAAAUCAACGUUACAGCAAGUCAGCCAACAUCGCAGCUAGGAAACUCUUGCCGACGGAUGGUGGUUGGCACGUGUUUGGUGAUCUUUAAGUGCUGCAUUCCGCGAUUUCCUAUCGGGCAUUCAAAGGACAUGAUUUGG